GACAGUGCACCCUCAGUUCCUCCUCAAACCAGCGUACCGGAUGUGCCAAUACUAAUCUUCAUUUUCCUACGUUUCACAAACUGUUGGCGAAUGACAAUCACAAAUACUGUCAGCCCGGCGCUGAAAUUCGGCCUUCAACUCCUCGGCCUGUGGCCGGGAGUAUCGUAUUCUAUUAUCUAUUGGUCGAGUUUUAUGUUAAGCAUGAUAGUCAUGCAGUACUUUCAGUACUUGUAUAUACUUAAUCAUAUUAAAGUCAGUGAGCUCUUGAAUCUCGUUGACAGUAUACCAUUAGCUCUAGAUUACGGUCUGACCAUUUUUAAAUUGAUUAGUCUGUGGUUACAUCGCAGAGUCCUUCAUGAAAUCCUAACUGCUAUGGAUAACGAUUGGCGCGAGUGCAUCAAUGUUGAUCGACAAUUGUACGUUAUGCAAAUGAAAGCUAAUAUAUCGCAUAUUUGUUGCAACGCUAUAUUGAGCUUUAAUGCAAUUGCUACGUUACUUUACUUCGUAGGAGAUUACAUAGUUCAUAUCAUGUUUCUAAGUAAAGAUUACAAUGAUACUUUACGACGGUUGCCUUUAAAGGCGCAAUUACCCUACGAAACUCAACAAUCGCCAUUGUUUGAAAUUGUCUUUGCGAUGUUACUUUUACAUGUGUUUUUACAUGCAAGUGCGGUCGGUAUUAUAAACGGAUUGAUCUUUACUUUGGUGCUUCACGUAGGCGGACAAAUCGAUAUAAUAUGUCAAAAAUUCAAAAAUACCUCUGAAAAUACACUUUUUUCUAAAACUUCCGUACCUUCAUUUGGAAUGUUGAUUGAGAGACAUAACCGGAUUAUAUCAGCUUCUGACAAUAUCGAAAAACUGUUCUCCUUUAUUGCUUUGAUGCAAGUUCUUUGGAAUACUUUAGUUAUUUGCAGCCUCGGAUUUGCCUUUACAUUUUUUAUUCAUAAUGGAGCCAACGUUUUCGGAUUAGUGAAAAGCAUUUUUGGUUAUUUUGGUGUAACGAUAGAAGCCUUUGUCAUUUGUUUUGCCGGAGAGUAUCUUAGCCAUAAGGGUAAAUUAAUUGCCAAUGCAUCAUACGAAAUGAUGUGGUAUGAUAUGCCAUCUAAACAGAGUAAAAUUAUAAUAUUCAUAAUAAUGAGAUCUCAAAAGCGGCUGACGAUCACGGCAGGAAAAAUGACAGAUAUGUCAUUCGGAGCUUUUACAAGUGUAAGCUUUCAAAUUUUUAUUAUUCUACUAAAAGAUAUACAAUUAUAUAUAUAAAUUUAUUUAUUUUAUUUAUUUAAUUAUUAUUAUGUUUUAUAAAAGAUAUUACAGUUAAUUUUGAAAUCUGUUGUGUCACAUGUCUUUUAUGCGUGAAUAUGUUUGUAAAUUAAACUUAAUAUCUUUUAACCUUUUUUAGAUCAUAAAAGCAUCAGCAUCAUAUGUAUCCGUCUUGAAUGCUAUGUACUAAUAUCAAUAAAAUUGUAUUACUCAUUAACUAAGUUUAUAGUGUAAUUAAUAUAAUUUGAUAAGUUAAAACAUACUAGUAUGUGAUAACAAAUAAAGAAUUAAAGAAUAUUACUAACAA